CUUCACGGCAAAAGUUUACUCAGAUUGCCUGCCCUCGAUAUCCAAUCUACCCAUUUUAAGCACCUUUGAGCACUUCGUCUGAUCCGCCUUCGCAAUCAGACACAAUAAACAAGAUGGCCAAGCCAAGCAACCCACAUCUCCGAACCUUCACUUGCUUCCCGAGGCUCCCACUCGAACUGCAGCGCAUGGUCUGGGGCUUCGCACUUCCCGCUCCACGCACAAUCACCAUAACUUCCACAGACUUCACAAUUCGAGACGCCAAAGGCUGGACCGUCCGGAAAUAUUGCGUCGCCCACAACGCACGGUCCGUUCCCUCCUUGCUACAUGCCUGCCAGGAAUCUCGAAAAGUAGCCCUGAAGACCUACCAUCUUGCAUUCGGGCCGCAGCUCCGAGGAAACCCAAUCUAUUUUGACUUUCAAUCCGACACCCUCUGCCUGAAAGAUGAGAACGCUCUCCUCUCCUUUUUCGGUGGUUACAGCAAUUUCGACGCAACUGGGAUGGUUGGAGACGCCAAAGAGAAGGUCUGUCACUUGGCAAUUGGUGGGUUCUAUGGCAGAGGAAAGACUUGGGACGAACUGGGAGAGCUGGAGGAGGUGAAAAGCUUGAUUCUCCAAAAGCCGAGACGAGGAAGCCUCACGAUGGAACGGAAGGUGGAAGCGUUGGAGACUAAGUGGUUGUCCCGAAUGGAGCAGGAGAAUUUCGACCAUCAAGGACCAGCAGAAGGAGCAAGCACCAUAGGUGUUCAGGCUGAACCCAAUAGAGUUUUCAAGAAAGGUUUGCCUGAGAUUAUGUGGUUCACCGAGGCCAAAUUGAGACAGAAGUCAAACCGCGAACGAGUGAGUCGAGCCCCGCCCCUACAACAAAGAACGAGCUAACAAACAGCAGCAACCAAGACCGAAGGGCAUGAAGAAAGUUCCAAAGGCACUUGAGCCUGAGCCUUACCAAGCUCCGACUCUGCGAGCGACCGCCCACAUCUAUUAUGUUGAACUAGCUAAAGCAAUAUAGCUAGGGUCACGUGCUUGCAAUGUAAACCAAGUAAACGAUACUGAAUUGACUGCUGUUCUACAGUGCUGAACCGAUUACAGCUAUACAGGGUAUUCCAGCCGUACAGGGUAUUCCAGCUAUACAGGGUAUUCCAGCUGGACAGGGUAUUAAGCUAGUGCACAGCCCCAUGGCGUUCGGUUCCAGGGCUUACUAAGCCUAUUAGGGGCCUCAGGCCCCUAAUUUCAACA